AUGAACGACGUUAUGAUAAAACCCACAUCUACUCCCUCUAAUCCUGUCACCAUGGAUGGUCAGUUAUCAAUGAAUGAUAAACUUUCAGAUAAAGAAGAUAGUUUUGAUAAAUUAUCUUCAACUACUACCAAGAGUAGUACAGACUUGGAUAUAUCGCCAGAUAUCAAAGUCUUAUCAACACAUGCAGAUUCACAUUUGAAUACUACUUCUACUCCAACAUCUAUUCCUUUAUCACCAACUUCCAAACCUACUCAUUUCAAAUUAAAUUCUCCAACCACACCGAAAGGUAGAAGAAAUUCAGAUUUCUUAUUUUCCCCAGGUUCCAACAUUCUUCUAAAAUCGCCACGUUCUAACGACGCUGAUAUGCCAUCUAACCAGCAACACCAUCAGCAUCAGCAUCAGUAUCAACAACACCUGCAUCCUCAGCAACAGCCGAUAGAUGGUAUUUCAAAAAGUUUAAAGACACGAUUAAAUUAUGCAAUGUUGAAAGUUCAAAAUGGUUGGGCUGAUAAAACGCUACCAGAAUUGACAGAAAUUGAUGAACUAUUGAAAACUCAACAACAAUCAAUAAACGUGGCGGGAUCUACAAGCAAUCAUACUUCAAAGCUAUCUCCACCAAACUCGCAGUCAAAUGUUUCUACUUCACCUUCUUCCAAAAUUAAUACUUCUUCCUUAUCUCCUUUAUCACAAAAGAGUAAUGUUUGGACAUCACCUUCUUCUAAGGCAAAUAAUUCUUCCACUUCUCCUUCCAAUACUCUUAUCUUCAAAUCAUCAUUCCAAUUUAAUAAUACUCAAUCUUCACCAAAGCAGAAGAGGAAACCAUAUCAAGAUCAUAUACGGUCUUCAAGUAUACAAAGUUUGACAAAUAAUAUAGAUCAUAAUUUUAGGAAAAUUUCAUCUACAAUCCCUUCAAACCAACCAGCUUUAAUUAAACCUCAAUAUUUGGUCACAGAAUAUACGGAUAAUGAAAUAGAAGAAUCUUCAGCUCAUGAAGCUUUCAUCAAGGCAAUGUCAAAUUCCCCAAUGAAUAAUAAUAGUUUUACAAGGAGUAGAAAUAAUAGUAUCUCUGCAGGUUAUAACAUGAAUGGUCUAAUGGAACAACAUAUACCGAUGACUCCCCUAACUAGAUCUCGUAAAAAUAGUUUCCAACCAUUAAAUGAUCCAGCAAAUGAGUUCGAAGCUAUAGAGACUUUGAUGUCUUUAGCGUCUCCAAAGAGAUCGAAUUCCAUUGUAUCAACUUCUAGAACUCCGAAGAGAUAUAUUAAUAACUUGAAUAAUACAAGUGUUUUCUUACCACCUUUAACUUCACCUCAAGUUUUAAAUACAAAAUUGAGAACACCAAAAUCAUCUCUCAUAUCACCGCAUAAAACUAACUUCCCUGGUGGAAUCUCUAAAAAGCAAAGAUCGUUAUCAAUGUCGAACCCUACUCCUUGUCAUUCUGCAGGUUCUGCAGGUACGCCGACAUUUAAGUUAGUAUCUGAUAGUUCAAAAUUUAAUAAAUCAAGAAGAUUCUCGGCAGCUCCAGCAAUCAAUAAUGCUUUAAAUAAAAUUCCUACGAUUCAAAAUAAAAAUAUUAAUACUAAUGCUAAUACUAAUGCUAAUGAUAAUGUUAAUACUAAUGAUGAUGAUGAUGAAGCAACAGAUGAAGAUAUUUCUCUUAACUAA